CUGGAUAUAUCAAGCAGUUCUAUAAAGUAUCAGCCUGGAGACUCAUUUGGAAUCAUAUGCCCCAAUACUGAUCAGGAUGUUACCACUCUUAUAGAAAGACUGGAGGUAGCAGAUCAAGCAGACACUGUGUUUACAUUGGAUCUGAUAGCUGAUACAAAGAAGAGGAAUGCUGUCAUCCCUAGUUUCAUACAUGAGAAAUCCACACUCAGGCAUUCUCUCACUACAUGCUUUGAUAUAAGAGCUGUGCCAAAAAAGGCAUUUAUCCGUGUGUUGGCUGAGUACACCAAGGACCAUGGGGAGAAGAGGCGUCUACAGGAGUUAUGUAGUAAACAGGGGGCAAAGGACUAUACAGAGUUUAUUAGAGAGCAGAACAUAAGUGUCCUGGAUAUACUAUUGGCUUUUCCUUCUUGUCUGCCUCCUAUAGAGCGUUUUCUAGAGCAACUCACUAGACUUCAACCCAGACCGUAUUCUAUCUCAAGCUCACCUCUGCAUUCUUCCUCGUUACAUUUUGUAUUCAACAUCGUGGAAAUCCCCGCAGGAAGUGGGAGGAGCUAUGCGCGAAAGGGCCUUUGUACAGGUUGGUUGAACUCAAUUACAAAGACUCUUCAGAAAUCUGUGGACAGUGACUUGGCGAAUGGUGUGAGUGAGCUCACAUUGGAGACAUCUGAUGUUAAAAUACCAAUUUUCACUCGGAGCAACCAAAACUUCCAUUUACCUGAGGAUAUUAGUCGACCAAUCAUAAUGAUCGGCCCUGGUACUGGAGUGGCACCUUUUGUUGGGUUUCUGCAACACAGGGAGCAGCAGAGGAAGACUGGCUCUACUAUUGGGAAAAGCUGGCUGUUCUUUGGGUGCAGGAACAAAGAAAAGGAUUUUCUCUAUGAAAAACAGCUUGUUGACUUGACCAAUUCUGGCGUCCUUACAAAAUUCCAUGUUUCCUUCUCACGAGACCACAAAGAACGAGAUGAACCCCGCUAUGUUCAGGACAACAUAAAACUGAAUGGAGAGUCUGUUGCAGAGUGGAUAACAGAGAAUGAUGCUGUGGUUUAUGUGUGUGGAGAUGCAAAGUGCAUGGCAAAGAAUGUCAAUGAAGCACUUGCAGAUGUACUUGUUGAGUGUAAAGGAAUGUCAAAAGCAGAGGCAACUGCCUAUCUGAUGAAGAUGCGAUUACACAGGAGAUAUCUGGAGGAUGUCUGGACUUAGUUUGAAGCGUGCAUUAUUAAAGUGUUCAUACAGGAGAUAUCUGGAGGAUGUCUGGACUUAGUUUGAAGCGUGCAUGAUUAAAGUGUUCAUACAUGAGAUAUCUGGAGGAUGUCUGGACAUAGUUUGAAGCGUGCAUGAUUAAAGUGUUUGUGCAUGAGAUACCUGGAGGAUAUCUCGACUUAGUUUGAACUGUAGAAUGGAUUAUGUCUAGGUACAGAGGAUACAUGGAGGGUGUUUG